AUGGCGGCCAAGGAUAUUGCUACCAAGUCUACUCUUGGGGAGGUUUCAGAACCUACAGAGGACAAGCAGUGGACCAACUUGGACGUAGCUUCGUCUAAUUCCAAUGAUGGCAAAACGCCGCCUCCAUUGGCUGCCAAAUUAUUUGCCGUAGCUCUGAUUGCAUGUAUCAGUUUUGGAUCGCAUUGGAGUUCUGGCGUCACCGGUGCUAUGAAGAGUACCAUUAAAAAGAAAAUGGACAUCAACAACGUUCAAUUUUCCCUCUUGGAAGCCAGCGAAGAUUUCAUGGCCACCGUCCUGAUGCUGCCUAGUGGUUUGGUGACAGAUCGUGUUGGAGGUGCCGAGAUGAUUGUCUAUGAAAAUAUCGUUUAUACCAUCGGUUCAAUCUUGGUCGCUGCCGCAACGACAGUGCGGUCAUUCAAUUUCAUGAUCGGAGGCAGAAUCAUCCUUGCCUUUGGGGACAUCGCUACACAAAUGGCCCAGUACAAGAUGUUUUCUUCGUGGUUCGCCCCUAGCAAUGGAUUUGCAUCUACACUAGCCUUUGAGCUGGCUAUUGGCAAGGUUGGCGGCUUCAUUGGGAAGUCCACAGCCAAUAUCAUUGCCAAGAAUACUGGCAACUUCGCCUGGGUCUUUUGGACAGCCGUCUUCAUGAACCUUUUCACCAAUGCGGGAACGGCGAUCUUCUGGUUCUUCAACAAAUACUGUGAUCGGCACUACAGUGGAUGGCGCGACAUCGCAACCAAAGAGCAACUCACGGAGAAGAACAAGAAAUUCGAGUUCAAGAAGGUGUUCCAACUGCCGUGGACCUUUUGGGCAAUUCUCGCCUUUUCUCUGUUCCAAACUAGCGCCGCUCUCACAUUUAGUCAGAAUGCGACGGAGCUCGCUGAGCAACGUUUCAAUGUUGACUCUAUCACGGCGGGAUGGUAUAGUUCUAUGUCGCAGUAUACAGGUUGUCUUCUGGUCCCCAUCCUGGGCGUCUUUAUUGAUAUCCUUGGACAUCGGGCAUCUAUUCUCUUCAUCUGCGGUUUCGGUAUGCUGCUUAGCAUGGCUUUGGUCAACUUUGCCCCCUCCAAGGGCGGUACGGGAGCAUCUUUCGGUAUCUAUGCGGUUGCUUCUGCGCUGGGGCCGACUACGCUCAUUGAUGGUAUACGCACGACUCUUUGGCAUCAGUCGGUCUUUGGAUCUGCCUUUUCUUUGAAAAUGACCAUGAACAACGCAAUGAGCAUUAUCAUUCGCAUCAUUACCGGAGCCCUGCAAGAUGCAGACAACAAUGUAUACCGCCGCGUAGUGCAGGUCUAUCUCUUCUUGUCGGCGGCAUCGACGGUUGUUGGGGCAGCAAUUUUGAUCGGCACCUAUGUGACACCGUACCUGGCGCCCUUGCAGUGGACUCGGCAUAAACGAUUGACGAUUGGGGCAGAUAUCAUUGCUUCUAACGAGGAGCGGAGCUUUUUGACGAAUGCUCGGCGGACACGGCAGAUUUCGGUGGGAUGCUUCGGGGCGCUGUUGCUAUUGACUGUGGGCGGAUGGGCGGCGUAUAUCUGGGGCGCCGUCACUGGCCAUAAUUCAUAG